UUUUUUUUCUUUAAAGUUUUUUAUUGGUUAUUCCUUCAAACAAUGCUACAAAUAUAGAUGGAGGAUGCAAAUCCAAAUACAACGCGCCUGGAAUCGUUCGAUGCCCAGAGAACCUACAUGCAUUGGACGGCUACAGAUGCAUGUGUCCAAAGCACCGUCUUGUCCCUUCUUAGUUGUUUCGGUCAACUAGCUAUUGCGCCGACUUUAAUUUAAUUUUCAAAACUCUUCAAUAGAUUGAUUAAAAAGGAAACCCACAACUAAUUAUAUUUCAAACUCAUGAACUCCUAGUCAUCAACGACCUAAAUGAAAAUAAGUUCAUGAGGUGCAUUAAUUAAAACUUACAACUCGAUUUGAUUGAAAAUCUAAGGUCCUGCUUGAUAAUAAAAAUCAGAUAAACCACAAUACAAUAGAGCCAACUUCACUGGGUCCAACUGGGGCCAGAGCUUGGCCAGCACAAUCUGAAGGACUAAAAAUACCACCUCUUAUCUUGUUUCUCGACCAUAGAACCAGAAACUCAAAAACACCCCAACAUCCAUAACCCGCUCAGAAGUUUCACCAAACAGUUGGCAGAAUGACCACAAUUCACCCCCACAUAAAAACCCGAAACUACCACGCCGCCCUCCUCCCUUCCAUCAAUCUCCAACGGCAACAGCAAUUGCCCUUUGCGACGUCAGUGAGAAAGCAGGGUAGCGAGGGGAAGCAGCGGCGGCAAUUCAAGAAGACUUCGGCAGUGGUGGUGAAGUGCGCAAAGGGAAUUCAGGACUUCAUCGGAGGAGAUCUGGUGAGAUUCGAUUUGGGGAGGUGGUUGUCAGACGUGGAGGAGCACAAGUCGCUGGCCAUAUACUCUCCGCAUGAAGGCGGGUACGAGGGGAGGUACCUGAACAGGCUCAGGUACAAGGGGUACCAGUUCCUGGAUCUAUCUGCCCGCGGGCUAGGUGACCCCGAGACCACUCUAACCAAAGUCCACCCUGUUUGCCCUGCUCACUUAGGGAAGCAGCCUAUAGCAAGAUGGUAUUUUCCACCAGAAGUGGAUUACAGGCUUCAGAUGUUGCCCCCCAAUGCCACAGGACUAGUGGUUUGGAUCCUUGAAGCCAAGGUACUGUCAAAAGCCGAACUGCAGUUUCUGGUCUUGCUUCCAACCCUCCGGCCUAAAGUCCGAGUUAUCGCAGAAUGUGGAAACUGGAGAAAGUUCAUGUGGACACCACUCAAAGAAAUUGCUGGAUUUCCCGCGAAAGAGGGAGAGUGAUCUGAUUGCUCAACAACCACAAGACAAAAACCUCUGCAAAUAUUUCAUAACCAGUGGCCCCAAUGCUAUGCUCUACUUUUCCUCCAAAACAUAGGCUUUCAUUGUUCAUAUAACUGAGAUAACAGUACUUCCAAUUGGACUGCAAAGUGUUCAGCAGCAGUGAUUAAAAAAUUCUAAUCAAGCAACCUUCACUUGCACCA